AUGCCGCGUCAGAGUGGCUCUACGUCAGGUCCUCGAUCCGAUUCCCACAAUGACCAGAGAUAUCAAGGCCGAUAUGCUGAUACGCCACAGCCCUCACCCAUCCGCCCUCCUAUGAGGAUCGUGACAUCUAUGCCGCAGAACGAACAGUCACAUGGCAGGACUUUGACGCCUCUGUCGAACACUGCAGAUGGAUCUCCUCUGACCUAUGAGGCGAGAUCCAGUGGUCCACUGGGUAUGCGAUCACUUCUGAACCCGCAACCUGACAUGCCACCACCAGCACAAGGCCGAAGACGGAGCGCUGCACAGAUGGAAUCCCCAUCACCAACGGAUUCAUCAUCCGCAUUCAGCUUACCAUCUCUCAGUCGUACCACCAGCCGUGAACCCGAAGGCGACGGACACCAGCGACUUGGACCACCAAGGCGUAUCCUAAGUCCACGUUCUCCUAGCAUACAUCGAGCUCGGAGUCUCAUAUUCAACCAGCCAGAGACGGGAUCUAUCGAUGCCAGAAGCACACCUUUUGUACCUCUUCCACUCAUAGCCUCGACCGGGCCGCGAGACUCACGUCCGGCGCCUCUUCAACCAGCGCCGAACAAUGUCCCAUCCGUUGCUACUCCACCAGCCAUUCUUGGAAGAGCCGAUUACUUUGGUCGUGCAGCGCCAACACCGCCUCCUGCCCCGAUGGCUGACCAACAGCGCGUGACUAGUAUGGGUAUUGUCCGUCCUGGCAGUGCAGCAUCUGGUACAAACGCCCCAACACCAUAUUCAUCCAGUGCAGGACCAUCUACUGGAAGUCUACCACCGUCUAGAUACGGCACCCCAAUCCUAUCCAGCGCCAACCAAAGAGGUCCUCGGCACAGCAUACCUCAAGACAGCAACCCCUAUGGAGUCCCAGUUGUCUCGACUGCACAGAGUAAUUACCAACUUCUUACCUACACAACCCAACAGGGCGCUAUACAGAUACCCGUCGAAGUUCAGGCAGGCUCCAGACAGGCAGACGAGAAGCGAAAGCGGAACGCUGGUGCAUCUGCUCGGUUUCGUCAGCGCAGGAAGGAAAGAGAGAAAGAGGCUUCCGUAACAAUCACGCGCUUGGAGCAGGAGUUGAAGGAGCGUGAUGAAGACGUUGAAUUUUACCGGUCUGAGCGCAACGCUUUGAGAGAGAAGCUACUUCAACUGCAACCCCAUAUAGAAUUGAACCGACCAGAGUCACCUUGCCACCGUCCACGAAGCAGGCCGUCACCGCAGCGUUCGAUGUCCGACGAGGAUUCGGUCAGGACUCCUUACACAGCCUCGGAACAUCCAAGUGAAGGCGAGCGGAAUGUCAGACGGCGCACCUCUCCCUAUCCAGCCCCGAUGCCAGGCCAAGGCUUGUCUAGGGACAAGACACCCCCGAUGUCCGCACCAAACACUGUUCAAAACCUGCCUCCCAUCCAACUUCAGCAUCCCAGACCAACUAGUGUCACACAUUCGGCCGCAUUGUCUCCAAGACGAGUGGUUUCAUACGAUCCGUUCCCGACGCGAUUUGCAGGACAAUGGCCAUCAGACCACAAAGGUGCAAAUCAGCCUCAGUGA